AUGUCUCUGAACGAUGUCGAUGGGGCCAUCGAUUGCAUUCGAAACGCUGACAGUAUCCUUGCCAUCAUUGGCGCUGGUCUGUCUGCGCCUUCCGCCAUUCCAACGUUCAGACAUGAAGGCGCUCACUGGCGAGGAGGGCCCAUGGAUGAGAUGUCGAAGCCAGCCGUCUUUGAUCGAGAUCCUAUUGGAGUAUGCACGUUCUAUGAGAACAGACGGCAAAUGGCAAGAGUCGUGCAGCCGAAUGCUGGACAUUAUGCUCUGGCCGCACUGGCACAAGCGAAGCCGAACUUUCUGGCAGUCACGCAGAAUGUCGAUGAGCUGUCCGAGAGAGCUGACCACAACCCUCGUCAACCUGUGGCGCUUCAUGGAUCGGUCUACAAUGUUCAUUGCUCGAGGGACGAAUGUGCAGUCACAGCACGCAACUAUACCAGUCACCCCACGGUACCAGGCCUUGUACUUCCAGCGUAUGAUGUAGCAGACCCAAGGAUACCUCUGCCACAAGUAACGAGGUCAGCAAUCCCACUCUGUGCCUUGUGUAAGCAAGAUAUCGUGCGCCCGGGCGUCACGUUCUUCGAGGAGAGCCUGCCGGCACAGGAGUUGCAACGAGUAGACGACUGGCUUGAAGUGAAUGACGAAGUCGAUCUUGUUAUGAUCAUUGGUACAUCAAGAGCGCCGUUCGUCGGCGAUGCAGUACAGCGCGGAGCACGGAUGGUCGUCUUCAACAUGGGCGCUGACGCAGCACGUAGCGAAGACGAUGAUAUGAUUGUGGAAGGUGACGCUUCAAAGACGCUGCCAUAUGUGAUAAGUAGAGCACUUGGCACUGCGAUGUAG